AUGACGAGCGGUGGUGAAACGGACAGAGGGGAGCAGAGCGUCGAGGUGGCAAACGAUGGCGAGCCCGAAACGAACCUAAAGGGGAAAGAGAAGCAGCUUUUCAGGAAGCCAAACCACAGAAACAAAAAGAUAAACAAAAAAAAAAAGAAAAAAAAAAAAUUGAAGAAAAAAAAGGAAAAGAAUAUGUUGAAGAAACAGGAAGAAAAUAGCGCCGCGAGGGGUAGAGAAGAAGGUGGUGAUAGUGGUAGCCCCUGUGAGGUGAACCAAGACGAGGAACAAACAGAAGGGCAGCAGAUAUCGUCGAUCGUUUCAUUUUUGAAGAGGAAUGAAAGGCCUCCUCGGUCUAAUGAAGAAGGUGGUAAGGCGAAUGAGAAGCAGCCCACAAACAGGAAGAAGACAAAAGGGAAGCCACGAUAUUGCGACGAAGUGUCACAGGAAGAUAAAGCUAAGCGAACCGUUUUCAUUGGGAAUCUUCCACUUAAGGACAUGCACAAAGUGAAGCUGCUACGGUUGUUGGAUUUGAAGAAGUCCGCUGUUGAAUCGGUCCGCUUUCGAUCUCAACCUAUGGAGGAGGCGUACGCCGGGAGGAAAAAGUUGGGGGUCAUUUUGAAGAAGUUUACGGAUGCCAAGGACAACCAGAACGCCAUCAUCACUCUGAAGAAGGAGGAGAGUCUGCCCGAUUUGCUCAGCAAAAAUGGAAUGGUUUACGAGGGCUAUGUGCUUCGAAUAAACAUGCUGGGGGAGAAGCCCAACUUCAACAGGAAGAAGUCUGUGUGCAUAAAGAACUUAGAUAGGAAGUUGAACGAGUCAGAUUUGUAUAACUUGUUGAAGGACGUGGACGAGAUAAAAGGCAUCCGCAUUUUGAGGGACGAACGGACGAGCGUGUCCACGGGAGUCUCCUUUGUCCUCUUCCAAAACAGAAGCUCCGUUAAGAAGGCCAUUAAUAUGUUUCACGGCCACUCAGUAAAUGGCCGUGAACUUGUGGUUGAGAAGAUUCAACGUGUGGACAAUGCGCGGGAUGCACCCAAAGAUGUGACCAAACAAAGCAAAAAGGUGAAACGAACAAUUCGGAAGAAUCCCCGGGAGGAGCAGAAGAUGGGCCAUGGGAAGGGGCACAAGAGUAGCCACCACAAGGCCUACAGAGCAAGACGCAAGAAGAAGUACGUGCGGAGGAAGCGCAAGGGCGACGCUGCUGCCGCUGGGGAGGAUUAG